GCCACCCUCCCCUGGCGGUGGUGGCGCACGGGGGCACGGCAGGGUUGGAAGGUCAACAGCUGGACUCGGGGAGAUGGACACGCCGGCCAACAGGAUGAACGCCCUGCCGCCCAGCCCCCUGGCUCUGGAGUAUCUCGACGAGUUUGACUUGCUGAAGUUCGAGGUGAAGCAGGAGGCCGCCAGGUUGGGCGGAAGCGCCUCGCUGGACUCCACCCCCUGUAGCUCCGUGCCCCCCUCGCCCACCUUCGACAAGACGGGGGACCCCAAGUCCACCCUGGAAGAGCUGUACUGGAUGGCCACCCUCCACCAGACCUUGGCGGCGGCGGCGGCAGGGGGCAGCCCCGAAAGCCAGCUGGUGCCGGCCUUUGAUGAAGCGAUGGAGGCCCUCUUGGGGGCGCCCCUGGCGGACGGCGGCCUCCGUGGGGUUGCCACCCCCCAGCUGCAAGGCUUUCUGGGAACCGCCGAGGGUCUUGCUGGAGAACAGCAGCAGCUGCCCCUGCUUUCCGACCGCUUCUCCGACGCCCAGCUGGUCUCCAUGUCGGUACGGGACCUCAACCGGCAGCUCCGCGGCUUCGGCAAGGACGAAGUGCAGCGCCUAAAGCAGAAGAGGCGCACCCUCAAGAACCGCGGCUACGCCCAGUCCUGCCGCUACAAGCGGGUGCAGCAGCGCCACGUCCUGGAGGCCGAGAAGUCCCAGCUGGCCCAGCAGCUUGAGUCCCUGCGCGUCGAGAUGGCCCGGGUGGCCCACGAGAGGGAUGUGUACAAGGCUCGCUGCCAGAAGCUGCUGGGGGACACCGCGGGGGGACACUACGGGGAGGGGGCGGAGCCUCCCACCCCGCAACCUACACCACUGGGACAGUUUUUUCUAUAAAUGGCCCGCAGCGUGCAAUGGACGGCGGGAGUGGAGCGGGAGAUGGUGGCCAUCCGCCGUGGACAGAUGAGGCGUUUCCCCCUUUCACUCCACCGGAGGGCGACAUAAACCAAGGCUCCCGAUAGGCUCCUCCCCCCUUUCCACUAUCCAAACCUCAAGAAAGCUAGGCCAAAAAAAGCGUCACCGUGAGCACGUCCACACGACAAACACCCGUCGGUGCUAUUAACCGUUUCACUGUCAUGGCGGCCUCUCCAGGAAUUCUGGGAACUGUAGUUUGGGUGAGGAAACGGGAAGGUUCCCUACUCCGUCACUAAGAAACAAACUCCCCAUGGUUCCCGGGGGGGGGGG